GUGUGGGGCCCAGAAGAUGCGGGCCAAGCACGGGCGAAGCGGAGAGAGAGGUGGGAUCAUUGUGGUGGUGAUGCAUUCCUGCGAUCUCGCCACUCUCGUCCAGCGCACACUCGUUGGUUGCAAGUUUUUAUGGUCGAUUCGUAUGGUUGGAUCCGACUCGAUCACCUGAGAGGGGGGCCGGGCGUUAGGUUCGACCUCAUCCUAAUGCAUCUGUCUAGCAUUUGCUGGAACGAGCAAUGCUCGUUGAGAGCGAGAGAGUGGGAGAGCGAAUGAGCGGGCUUUCGGGGCGUGCUGCCUCUGAAGCUCCAUGAAAUUCAUAUUGUUUGAGUUCUGAAGGUGGGUUGUGAAGACGGUAGACGCGGAGGUCGAGGGGUUUCUUCUGCUUUCUUCCGAUUCCAGAGGGAUGGAAGAAAUCUACUUAUUAUUGAGAGAGUGCACAACUGCAUGGGUAGGAGGUGUAGUUUGGGGGCUGUGACUGCGAUGCUUGUGAAAUAAGAGGCGAGACAAGGGGUGGGCGGUUGUAGUAUAGUUGAAAACGGCAGGAAGAGAUUUGUGAGGGCUGAUUAAUUCAAUUGCAGGUCUGUUGAGGAGGAAGGAGAGAGGGAGGGAGAGAGCGAGAUAGGGAGAGAGAGGGAGGGAGCGAGCGAACGGAAGCGCACAGAAAGAGGGAACUGCGGUCCAAGGAUGGCGCGCGCAUUGGAUCAUAGUCAUGACGAUUCCGGAGCCUCCACAGCGGUCCAAGUUGCUGCAGGAGAGGCACACUCGCUUGCUCUUGCAGCCAAUGGCAGCGUCUACACAUGGGGUCGAGGGCAGUUUGGCCGCAUGGGCAUGGGGGUUUUUCAAGACGAGCUUGAACCCACGCUCGUGGAGAUAGGAAUGAUUGUGGACGAAGAAGACAUUCCUCUGGCCAGAGACGACCGGGAUUCGGCCGAAAGAACCAGAGUUACACAGAUUGCAGCUGGAGCGUAUCACAGUCUUGCUCUAGCAGGUGAUGGGACGGUAUGGUCAUGGGGUUUCAAUGCCUACGGUCAGCUGGGUCGUCAAAGGGCCGCAUCGUACCCUGCACCAGUUAUCUUCCCCAGGCUUAGCAGCUCCUCUUCUGAUGAAAACCGAGAAAAUGCUGCAUCCUGGAACCAGGGUGUCCGGGAUCCGGGUGCUGGGCAUCUUAAGAUUGUUCAAGUGGAAGCUGGCGGUAUGAUGUCGAGUGCAAUUGAUCAAGAUGGUGGCCUAUGGGUUUGGGGGGCAGUACCCCAACCUGCGGUAUUAGAUCGAGUACCUGAAUCUGAUACAUUCGAGAUGUCAAACAUCAACCAGCCAGAGCGCGUUUUGGCGCUUAGGGGACAUUCUGUGCGUCGAAUAGCCUGCGGAAGUGACCAUAUUCUAGCGCUUAUAGAUAGUCGCAAUGGUGUUGAUUGCUAUGCUUGGGGAGGCAACGCAUUCGGCCAACUUGGUCUCGGUGACUUCGAGCCGCGCGUCAUUCCUACGAAGAUCAUGUCCUUAUUAGCGCAGCAGGUGGGGGUUGUGGUAGACUUAGCUUGCGGGUACUAUCACAGCGCUAUUGUCACCGUGCAAGAUGACGAUCAGGGGCAGGACCCCGAGAGUUCCUCCAUGGGAAGGAAAGUCCAGUCUUUACCGCAGCUGAUGGAGCAAGCCAUGGCGUCGCCGAAGAUGCGAGAACGCGUACCAGCUGAACACUUCAUGGAAUCACUUGCCUCACCGUGGGUGCGGUCCAAGCAGGGCUAUCCUUACGCACCUUCGAACAAUGGUUCCCGAAAUCAUAGCUAUUACAGUGUACAUAGCGAUACCAGCUCCCGGGCUUAUUCGCAGAGCUCGAUGUCGAGCCGGGCGGGGAAUGGGGCCAGACCACAGGCUCCGAAGAGAGAGAGCGGAGCAGCUGGCGAUGGCAGAUUGUCCACUUGCUGGACAUUUGGACAAAAUGAGAAUGGUCAAUUAGGUGUAGGUUCUUGCACAAACUCACACACUCCAGUUGAAGUGGAAGCGUUGCCCACGCGUGAAAGAAUACAGACCGUAGUUUGCGGAUUGUUUCAUACCGCAGUAGUCAUGGAAUCUGGAGAUGUUUGGGUUUGGGGAAUGGAGGGGGGCCUUGGGCAAUGUCCAGGGAUUGGACCCCCAGGGUCGAAGAGCGGCGAUGCUCUUUCCCCAGUGCGAGUGUUUGGAGAAUCGUCAGCUACGUGUGAUCCAGUCACAGGCUCAAAAGGGAUUGCGUGCGGCGCUGCGCACACUGUGACUGUGUCCAACGGAGGUAAGGACCUCUGGACCUGGGGUCGCGGUAAGAAUGGAGUUCUUGGCCUAGGACAUAACUCAGAUAGCUGGUUUCCAAGUCCUGUGCUGUGGCCUCCGGGGUCACGACCCUCCAACGCUAAGGAAUUGGACGCCGAAGGUAUAUACGAUAUUCGCAAAUCUAGCCGCGCGUCAAGUAGGGGCGGCUCACGGGGUAGAGGUGAUGAAAUCAGGCCUUAUGUACGGGAAGGGGACGACAGUAAGCCUCCGCGAAGCUAUUCUUUCUCUAGAUUACCUGUGGAGCAAUAUGUUCGUGAAGUUCAAGAAGUGGAGACUGACAGACCUCCUCGAGGUCUUUCAAGUAGCAGAAAAGCUGCUGAAUCUCCAGGUCGACCGUCGGUCCGAGUUGAACGAGUAAUAGAACCCCCGGGCCGACCAUCACGAAGAGGAGAUCAGGGAAUGCAAUCCCCAACACGAUCUUCAAGAAGAGGAGACCAUUUCUGGCCCCCAGUGCAGCCAGAGCCGGAGAAUAUUCGAAGCCUCAAUAGAGACACAGCAGGAACAGAGCCGUCGGUCACAAGCAUGAGAGCUUUCAAGUAUCAGAUCGGAGGCGACCCGCAGACUGAGGAGGACCUUAAUGCCUUGAAACUUGAGUUGGCCGAGUGUCGUCGCUAUGCUGAGAGGUUGCAUGUGGCAGUUUACGGGGGGCAAGAGAUGUUCACCCUUCAACUCCCAGGUAACAGUUCAAAUAAUUAUGACUCCAGUGUCGAAGGCAUGAAAGCAGACGGGUUGGGAACAAAGAGCUCUGCACUUCAGGAUUGGCAGCAGCACGUCGAGGAUGCAUCUCUUGAAGAGUUGGUAAAGUUGGACCGAUUUUACAAAGGCAUGCGGAAUCGGUUAAAAGAUAUUAUGUUCCAAAGGAAGAUGGAGGACUGGUGUCGUCGCGCCAUGUCAGGCUUGCCCUCCUCCUAUGCCGAGUCGCCUCCUGUCCGAGAGCCAUACUCAGUGCAAAGCACGCCUUACUUCGACGGACCUGGAGAGAUGGCCUUACGAAUGUCAGGCAUAUUGAAUGAUCGAGGCGAGAUGCUUCCUCCGGCUGCAUUAGCCGCUUCCCUUGCAGAAUUUCGAAUGCACUCUCAGCGUCGGAAAUAACAAUUGCUCUCCCCUCACUUUGAUCCUCAGGAAAGCAGAAUUCAAGCUUAGAUAUGGUCAGCAGUUGCUCUGUUCCCUUUCCCGCGGAGUUUCUACACUUCAUGAAUCCAAUCUGCAAGUCAGAAUUGGGUCCAGCAAUUUCUCUCUCUGGCAAACGCGGAAAGACUCCAUCAAUGUCACAAGGUUUGUCAGUGAGAAGAUGCUGGCGAUUGCUGGUUGAACGUUGCGGUCCAUCACGUGAUAUCUGAUAAUGCAACUUUUCUUGCUUGCUAAGGCGGGAUCUGCUGCCAGGACGAGCCUGACGACACGUGAAAUCGUGUAGAGCCCGCUGCGGUCAAUUGAUCCAUGUUGAUCGACAACGCUUGCCAUCGCAGUUAAUGCUCAGCCAUCGCCUGAUUUACUGUUAAGUCGUAAUACUGAUUGCGAAGCGGUUCAAUCUCUAACGUGCUUUUCAAGCAUGGAGAAUGCAGAGGCUGUCUUCAGUGAUUUGACAGAGGCUCUUCUCCGGGCAUCUUAAUGCCGACAUUACAAGUUUGAUACUGUACGUGUAUUACCUCAGUAUUGCUGCCGACUCACGAAGCUUCUGGUCCCAGUUUCACGCAUUUGUCAUUAAGUAGGACAAUUGUGAAUUCUUCAAAUGAUAUGAAUUGUACUGUACUCCAAAGCAAAACAUAUUCAUCGCUCGCACAUGUAUGCUACGAAAGGUUUGUAACUUAUCUAUGAAAACAACCCUAUCAUUUUCACGAA